AUGUUCGAGCCCGCCAAUUCCAUCCUCCCCGAGUCCCUCCCCGCCCCGCCAAGGGCCUCUCCCUCCAACACGUCGCCAUCGGCCGCGGCACCCAAAACUACACCUGCGACCCCGCCGACCCCUCCGCGGCCCCCAAGGCCGCCGGCGCCGUCGCCAUCCUCUACGACGCUACCUGCCUCGCCUCCACCCACGCCGACCUCCUCGACGCCCUCUCCCGUCUCUCCAUCUCCUACCCCCAUCCCCGACCCUCUCGCCGUCCUCUCCUCCUCCGAUGACGCCAACGCUCGCACCGACCGCGCCUCCUCCCGCAUCGGUCCCCAGUCCAUGACCGUCUCGGGCAUCCACUACUUCAACUCCCUCGCCCAGCCCUUCUUCGACAUUGACCUCGCCGGCGCCGGCCACAUCACCGUCAAGCUCAACAACUCUACCCCCGCCCCCGUCACCGCCGCCGCCGGCCUCGAGUCCGAAAAGGCUGUAGCUUGGCUCAAGCUCCUCGUCCGCGAGGAGGAGGGCAGCGCUACCAAGGGUCUCGCCGAGGUUUACCGCGUCAACACCGUCGGUGGCAGCCCCGCCGCCUCGUGUAAGGGCAUGCCCGACAAGUUCCAGGUCGACUAUGUCGCUCAGUACUGGUUCAUGGGCUCCAAGAACUAA